UCAGUGAUGCUUUCCGUGCUGGGACUGUGCAGAUUUUGAUGUUUGAAACAGUUAUGUCCGGAUUUUGUGUGUACAUCUUCUGUCGUUUCACUGGAGUAUCCUUCGUUAAUUUGCUCUUUGACGGAUUAUUGGUUAAUGAGUGUGAUGCAAUUGGAUGGAGUUAUGUUUGAGAUCUGACAAAAAUGUCAGUAAUUGUCGCUCGUAAUUAAUAUCUAUACACGCUGUCUGGGCAUGCAUACACACAUCCUAUACACACGUGAGUGCAACGAAUACAAAUAUUGUCAAAAGGUUUUCGUUAACAACGUGAUUACCAAACAAUAAGAACAAAGAUGUGUUUGUGAAAAUGUGCAGUCACGAGUCAUUGACCUUUUGUGACCUUUUUGGUGCCAGUCACGUGAUUUUUCGUCAUCAGACUAGGAUGUUUCUGGCUUUUAUGUCACUGUAACAAAAAUGUGAUUAAUACAUAAUUGACGUAUAAUAUCACUAUUGAUCUAUUAGGAAUAUUCUAAUCGAUUCCGGUUUAUGACUCGAUGUGGGAUAAACGUACGCCAGGAAAUUGCCACUUGGAUAGAAAACUGACGUAAUUCCGAUUCAGAAAAUUCCGGAUGUUUCAAGGAAAUACGUCCAGCUAUGUGCUGUGUUGGGUGAGACUGUGAUCACGUGUCACAUGAUAUAGGUUAUGUUUUCAAUUUGGAAUGAUUGAUAUUGAUUGCAAGUGAAUGUCAAUUUGUGGAUUUAUUACAAAAGAUACCUUGUUCGUUUAAUGUCAUCUAACUGGAAUAUGACACAACUUGUUUUGAGCUGCUAUGAUGUUAUAAAGCAUUGUGAAUGUCGAAUUAUGGAUUAGUUUCGUAUAAAUGCCACUGAAUUUGAUUGGCCGACGCCAGCUUGAAGAAACAUACAAUACAGGAUUAAAUAAGACAGAAAGAAUGCGCAAGAUUUGGUGCAGUUCAUUGAUUCAAAGGAUCAAUUCGUGCCACCGUCAGCAUAUUUUAAGAUUGCACUAGAAAAAGAAACUUGAAGCAGGAGAAAAAGAAACUCCAAAAUAUACAAACACUUAGGAUCUCAUGAGGCGUAAUCUGUUGAGAACAGAGUGACAUGAAAGACUACCAGAUAACAUUUUACCCUUGAGAGAGUUCAAACGUUGUAUUUGACACGAAUUGAACGUCAGAAAGAAAGAUACUUAAUUUCGAAAACAUCAAAAUGAACGUAGCGUAAUGGCGGCUGGGACUUAUAGUUGGUAAUUGUAAAGUAUUCCGUUAGUGUGUUAGCGUUUAAAGCAUGUUUUCCCCGCUAGUUAGCCCUUGAGUAUAGACGCAGUUCCUUGACAACGAAUACUUGAUUCAUGACAUACAGAAUCUUAAUCGCAUAGAAAGACAAGUUGCUAAAUUAUACUAUUUAUCCAACUUUCAUCCCAUCAUAGUAACACACAAAUAUAUCAUACCAUUUAACUUUGUUUUGUGAAAUCUUCACAUUUUUUUUUAUUCCACUGUGACCGGUUUAAGUAAAUUUCCACUUGCGAAAUAUAGUGUAUAGUUUGAGAAUAGCUGAUCUACAUAUUUCCUCCAACGAUUUGUUCAAAAUUCCAAAAAUGGUUCGGAUGGACAAAGAAAUCACAUAACAAUUUGCAGAAUAAACGUUUUUGGUUACUAGAAAUAUCACUUUGAUAUUUUUAAUACAUUUAGUUUUGACUUUUCACGGUAGUUUAGUGUAAUAUAGUUGGACACGUAUUAUACAAUGCAGGAACAAAUAUAUACACUAUAGACGGUUGUUAGUUUUGGCUGUGAAUCAAAUGUUUGUCAGAAUACAAACUAACAUUCGUCCCUUUGAUAGACUGGAAACCCGGAGAGGAAGGUUUCAUGUCAUGGAUGCAUCAUACAUCCAGUUUGAUAAGUGUUCAAUACGAUAUAUCUGCGUCACGACGGCAGACAAUUCCCUGAGACGUUGAAGGAAUUCCGAUAUUGACUUAUGGGUUUAAAACAAUAUACUAAACGUCAAAUCCACAUUUUGGCAUUUGACUCCCGUUAAAACCAUGUAUGGAAUGGAAAAUCUGACAAACUUUUCUAAUGGAAUGAAGCUUGCACCUCCUCCAUCCUGCAGUACAGCCGUUUUUACAAAAUCCACUAAGCGGAAAAGGACAUUAAAACGUGUGGACACUAUGGCACACUUAAGGCCGUUUCCACAGGUCAAAGUAAAGAUAUGCGUGCAAUUCUUCAAAGUUGGCGAAAUUGAUACCCUGAAGGAACAAUAUACGGCAGAUGUCAUUGUGAAAGCAAAAUGGCGGGAACCCUCACUUGACGGACAAAAUAAAACGUCGGAAUCAGUAGAGUUCAACAAAAUGUGGAAUCCUAAACUGUAUAUAGAAAAUUCUCUAGGCGAUCCUAAAGAACAAAUCCGGUACCAAGUGCUAUAUAACGAUAAGGGAGAGGCGUAUGUGUCUGAGAAACGAGUUAUCAAGGGAACCUUCAUGGAAAACCUAGAGCUGGACGACUUUCCAUUCGAUGUCCAAGAUAUCACUAUCACAGUGGCAUCGGAGCUUCCUUCCAGUGAGGUGGAGCUAAUAGAGGAUGAUGACGACCAUCACGUGGUCAACAAACAAGCAUUCGUGGACGAACAGGAGUGGCAUUUAUAUAUGCAUACAGAGUGUGUAAAACGUGACAUAGUGAUAGAUCAGGCGGACAUGAGUGUGCGGCGCUCGGCACUUUCCGUCAAGUGUCGGGCUGCCCGGAGGCCUGGUUAUUUUGUAUGGAAUAUAUUUGUUGUAACAUUUUUAAUAUGCAGUCUGGCAUUCACGACAUUUUCAGUGAAUAACAACCUACCUCAAAAUCGACUACAGCUGUCUUUUACACUCGUACUAACGGCUGUUGCCUUCAAAUCUGCUGUCAACUCAAGUCUUCCUAGGAUAUCGUAUCUCACAUAUAUGGAUAAAUAUUUACUGAUAGCGAUGGUGAUGCUUACAGCGGUUUGUGUAUGGCAUGCCAUAGUGUCAACAUUAGCCACGCAGGAGAAACGCGACCGUAUAGAAAGUGUCGUUCUCACAGUACUAGCAGCCAUCUACAUAUUUUAUAAUAUCGGAUUCUUCAUAGUUAUAUAUGUAUCACCAUGGAAAAAGCGACGAGAAAUGCAACAAAAAGACAAAGAAUAUCAGAUGAAAUACGCUGCAUCAGAUGAACUAGCCAGGAGCAUGCUAUUGAGUGCAAUGUUUCCAACACCGGUUAAAACACCGAAUAUUAGGAACGAUACCAUUCCCGAAUGAAAUAUACUCUUCAAUAAAAAGGAAGCUCUUCGACUAAAUGCCAGGAUCUAGACAUAUUUUUCACCACAAGGACAAUCGUCCCAUGAGCCCGCUCAUACGAUAUUGAUCGCAGCACUAAAGGGACUGGUUAACACAGUCAACAACACUCCGUUGUUCCAUGAGUGUUUGGAAAUCACCCAGCUUUUAUACCUCUGAUAUCAACUAAGCGUGACCGGUGAACCGCAGCACUCUCCCGAGGCGAAACCAGUGGCCGAAGAGCAAAGUUUGAGUCUGCAAACAGCGUCAGUUAACAUUUGCAACAACUCGUGUUUAAGAACAAGGUUCAGGAGAGUGAUAUGUUGUCAAUGAAUAAACAAAUAGGCAUGUAUCGAUCUAAGUAUCAUGUUGGUAGGUCUGUUUCACACAGCACCACACGCACAUACCAUGUUGGUAAGUCUGUUUCACCACACGCAGACGAUACACACUGAAAUCGUUCUCAUCGAGCGAAGUGUGGAUUUGUGUUUCAGCAUGUUUUCUGCACGCCAUACUAUGUACAUAACACCUUUAAUAUCAAGUGCACAGUUACUGUAGAUUUAAAACAUAAUACAUCUUGUAAUGGUGACAUGUGUGUAUGUACAGGACAAGCAAUGAACCGUCGUAUUGGCUACAAAACUGUCAUUGGUAUCGUGACGGAAAAUGGUCGUCUUAGGCCUGAAAAUGGCGGUAUCUUAUUCCUAUAUUGAGAAUGAUGUCUUGAUAAUGCUAUCAAUACACAUGUAUCUAAGUGGCAUAAACAUUAAAAUGCACUUAUGUUGUCAGCCCUAGCAAAACCAUAAGAAGGUUUUCAGCCUUUAUACUUGUUUGAAUCCUUAGUUAAAUUCACAGACCCUUAGCAACAUAACGAUUUUAUAAUGUAUAACAAAAA